CCAGCGUUUCCACACACACGAUAACAACGUCGCGGGAGCGAGCCGGGGACGGCGAGAAGUUUGUGCGGCCAGAGCUCCAUAGCAAGCGGAAGAGCAGGAGCUGUGGCUCGGCGUGUGCUGGAGGGCCGGGCCAAGGAAGGGAAGAAAUUAGACAGCCGGCGCUUCGCUCGCGUUGUUCUUCCUCCUCUGCACGGGGAGCUUCACAAACUUGAAAAUGUCAACUGUCAAACGCCUUGUAUACUCUGUCAUCACUUUCUUGCGAGAGCAGAGUCAGAUGGAUACAUUCACUUCAGAUGAACAAGAAAGCUUGGAAGUGGCAAUUCAGUGUUUGGAAACGGUUUUUAAAAUUAAUCUGGAGGAUUCUCAUCUUACAGUACCUGUACGCUUGACCGAAAUGUUUGCGGAUUCUUGUCAUAAGAACGAGAUACUGCCUCUCUCAGAUUCUUUGCCAGAGGACAUUGCGAAAGCGGACCAGCUGAAGGAUGAAGGUAAUAAUCAUAUGAAGGAAGAAAAUUAUGGGGCUGCAGUGGAUUGUUACACUCAGGCUAUAGAACUGGAUCCCAAUAAUGCUGUCUAUUAUUGCAACAGAGCUGCUGCUCAGAGCAAACUGAACAACUACAGUGAAGCCAUAAAAGACUGUGAAAGAGCAAUAGCAAUAGAUCCAAAAUACAGCAAAGCAUAUGGGAGAAUGGGAUUGGCUCUGACUUCAAUGAACAAAUACCAAGAAGCAAUCAACAGUUAUCGAAAAGCACUGGACCUUGAUCCAGAAAAUGACUCUUAUAAAUCAAAUCUAAAAGUAGCUGAGCAAAAAUUAAGAGAUGUGGCCAGUCCUACUGGAACUGGAUUGAGUUUUGAUAUGGCAAGCCUGAUUAACAACCCUGCCUUUAUUAGUAUGGCAGCAAGUUUAAUGCAGAAUCCACAAGUUCAACAACUGAUGUCUGGUAUGAUGACAAAUGCAAUUGGGGGCCCCGCUGCUGGUGUUGGGGGCCUCACAGAUCUGUCAAGCCUCAUACAUGCGGGACAGCAGUUUGCACAGCAGAUACAGCAGCAAAACCCUGAGCUUAUAGAGCAACUGCGAAACCACGUUCGAAGCAGAUCUUUCAGUGGCAGCACAGAAGAACACUCCUGAUUUAAGAGGCAUGUGUUCGAAUGCUGUUCUACUAACUCCAAAAGGCAUACUGUAGCUUUUAGCAAAUAUCACCAUUGUAAUUCUUCUUGGACAUGAGACAGAAAUCUUGUGUGUGUAUUCCUUACUGUCUGUUGCAAACAGAUUCAUUGCACACAGAUCUGAACAUAUCAUGUAUGUAUAUCGAUGCCUUUGUAAAUGGAAUAUAAAUAGAGCUCUUGGAGAGAAUGGCUUUUGUUUAUAUGCCCAGACUGUAUAUUGAAGCAGAGAUCACCAAAUGGGAGAGGAGUGAAGCAGUGUGUUGAUGGGCUAUGAAAUCUUGUACAGAAAUUGUUUAACUUUAUCCAAGGCAAAUCGGAGGACUGGUCCCCAUGCAAGUCUAUGGGAGGUACAAUUUUGCAUGCCUUACUGGAAAUAAGCCUAUAAAGGAUCAUCUCUUCUUUUUUUUGCCAAAGUGAAAUAUCACUUUAUAGGGACCUGCUUGAAAGAAAGAAUGAGUCUGGUGCAAUUACUUCAGGCUGAGAUGUGAUGGGAGAGAGGAAAGGGGGUGUUUAAGCAAAUAGAUACUGUGGGGGGAGUAGGUUAGUGCUAGACCAGGAGGGUGAAGUUGUACAGCCUAGUAGUAGCUACAGCUAUGAGGCUUAUAGUUUGGUGAGCAUGAACUGCCUACUGUGUUUUCAAAGGGUAUAUACUCUUUAAAAGUUUGAGCAACGCAACAGCUUGCAUUGCUCAGGGGGAUGCAUGAUCUGGUUCUCCUACAGCUGUUUGUUGAUAUAACAGACCUAAAAAGAUAAUAUUGUCCUGCUGUAUCUGUGGCGGUAGGGAGAGGAAGCAGCAAGAAAGGAUACCGUAUUUUUAACUUGUGGAGGAUCUGCAGUACCAGAUCAGUAGGUUGGGCACAACUGAUGGAAAAGGAGAUGAAUUUUAAGAGAUGGGGGAGAAAUAGGUAAAUAUGUGAGCAACAUUUUACAGGGUAAAAAAUACGAUGAAAAGCCUGCCAAAAAUAUGCAGACAGAAACUCUAAUUUUACCCUGGAAAUAGCUCUGGAAAUCUCCAUUAGGGAAUGGCACAUACGAUUAAGUUUGAGCAUAAAACUCUUUAGUUAAAUUCACCACUUUGCUCAAUUAAUCUGUGAAAGAUUGUCUACAGGUUAGCUAUCUUAAAUGCAUACCUUAGAAAACUCUUCAGGUUCAUAAGAUGAAUUGUAUCUCUCUGAUCUGGUAGUGUCAAUGUUGUUCUCUUUUGCUCUGGAAUCUUCUGCUUUACUGCUAUGUUUACCUUUUUUCUUCUUAUUUUGCCACACAUGUCCCCUUCCUGCUGUAUUUUUUUUACUUGCUUUUGCACUUCAGCAGAUCUGAUUUAGAUGACAGUAUUAAAGCAAUAUUCAGAAAGUUGGUCAGGGAGGACCUGCUAGAAUGUUGAGUGGGUGAAAGCAUACUAUUUUUUAAAAUCUUUCAACAGCCACUCAGUAAAGAGCAACCAAUGUAAUGGAUCUUUCUUAAUUCUGAAUUCAGGUAGCCCUUAUAGACAUCUCAUUUCUCUGAAGCCUAAUGCUGUCUCUCUGUCCUCAGCACGUUUUCCUGCCCCAUAAGUAUAUCUGGUUAUUGGUGUGAGCAUACCAAAUAUGUGAUGCUGAGCAAAAGUAAAGAGAACACUGAUUCAGAAUAUAGAAGAUAUUAAUACGGCAUCUGUCUUUAGAAGCAAAGAUGUAAGCUGCUAUGCCCACUAACUGCAUUUGCACAUUUUACCAUUCUAAAGUAACUAAUUAGGCCUAGGUGCCCUAAAGUCAUUGGGAAGUCUACCGCUGGGCAAAUUCAACUAAGUGGUAAGGUGACCAUUUGCCAUUUCAGUGGUCACUGUAGCUAGUCAAAUGCUCUUUUGAAUACAAUAAGGGGCCUGAAUAUCACUUUAGGUAGCCUUUAAAGUAUUAGGCAGAGCUGUCUUUGCACAAUAGUAGCAUUUUUACAACACUAGAUAGAUGGGUUUUUCAAAGUGCAUAUUCCAGAAACACUUGACAGUGGCUGCUCACAUCCUACUUUAAUUCGUUAUCUUACUUUUCCAUAGAGGAUCUAUGAAUCAGUCUUGUGCUGUUUUGGAAUAAGUUUAAUAAAGGAAAUGAAAAACUAUAGCAUA